GUGUUAAUGGUAAGAACUCAUUUUGAACUUUGUAUACAAUUGCAUAUUUUGGAUACAUAAGCUGGUCUUAAUGUGAUGCAUCAUAUUGCACAAUUAUUACUUCAGCUACAACUAAGAAUUCUUGCUGGAGUUUCUGCUCGCCUAUGAAUUUAAGUUACUCUAUCUUGUGUGUGUGUGUGUGUGCGCGCGUGCGUGCGGCACCACUGAGUCAAGUCUUGGUGUUUAAGAGCUCAUUUGAUAUAUCUAGAUUGCUUUGCUUUGUUAUUUAUUAGUAAUGAGAGAACCCCUAAAAACUACUUAUUUAAAUAUCUUGCUUAGUUAUCCAGUCAUGUUGAGAUGUACGGUUAAUUUUUCUUUUACUUUUUUCUGUUUGCACGUGAAUAUAUGGAGUGACCCACCAUGUCCUACUUUAUACAUUUUGAUUUCAGAUUUUGUAUAUUCAGUAUGGAAAUGCCGUGCUGUGGGAGGGCCAGCAUCAUUAGUCAGGAGCUAGAGCUGGCUCACUUGCAGAAUGUUCUUGAAAAAACAAUCUCAGGACUGGCUGGGAGAUGUGAAUCAGCCUCUGAAGGGAUUCAAGUGGAGACAAGGGUCCAGGCGGGAGACUACCGGUGUCUUGAUUUGGAGUGAACCGUUCCUCAUCAAGAGAAGAUCAGGGGAAGAGAUUGCAGUAAUUUUGAUGGACACUCAAGGUACCUUUGACAUUCAGUCCUCCAUGAAGGACUCAACAAUAGUAUUUGCCCUCACCACCAUGGUGUCCUCAGUGCUGGUCUACAACCUCAUGAACAACAUACAGGAAGAUGACCUCAUGAAUCUACAAUUGUUCACCUCAUAUGGCAUGUUGGCACAGGAGGACUGUGAUAGUGCACAUCCUUUCCAGAGAUUACACUUCCUGGUAAGAGACUGGCAGUUCCCCUAUGAGACUCCCUUUGGCCACCAGGGAGGCCAACGACUCCUGGAUGAAAUUUUACUGAUAACUGAGAAGCAGCAUCCUGCCCACCAGGAGGUGCGACGAGACCUGCGUAAAUGUUUCCGUGACAUCAACUGUUACCUGAUGCCACACCCUGGUUUUAAGGUUAUCCAGAAGGCUGACUUUGACGGCAGACUGGCUGAUAUUGAUGAGCAGUUUGUGAAACACCUGCUGUUGCUGGUGCCUCGACUUUUGGCACCAGAAAAUCUCGUCAAGAAGGAGAUCGGGGGCCAGCCCAUCAAGUCACGUGACUUGCUCAAGUUCUUCACCCUCUUCAUGGAGGUGUUCAAGGAUAAUGACCUACCAGAGCCCACCACCCUUGUUGAGUUUGCAGCCCAGGCCAGCAGCCAGGCUGCACUGGAGGCUGGGAAAGAAUACUAUGCUGAGACCAUGGAGGCUCUGGUGGGUGGUGACCGACCCUUCCUCAAGACAGUCCAGAUGGAGGCCGAGCACAGCAAGGCCAAGGAACAUGCCAUCCAGACGUACCUGGAGAAGAAUAAGUACGGCCGGAAGAACCAAAGUGUGGUGGAGAAGUACCAGUUGAUGCUGGUGGAGGAAGUAGAGAAGAUGUUCGUCAAGUAUUCACAGCAAAACGAAGCCAAGAAUGUGUUCAAGGCGGCACGAACUCCUGCCACUCUGUUCUCCGUGCUAAUGUUCUUCUACCUCAUGUCAGGAGUCUUUGGCCUCUUUGGAAUGUACUCUUUUGCCAAUAUGUGCAACCUGGGCAUGGGAGUGUUCCUCAUCAUGCUCACUGUCUGGGCCUAUGUCAGAUAUAGCGGAGAAUACCGUGAUGCAGGAGUUUAUAUAGACGAACUGGCAUCAUUUUUGUGGGAAAAUGUCAUACACCCUAUAUACCAAACAUACAUGGAAAAGCACUUGAAGGAGGCAGCUGAACAAGCAGCACAGCAAGCCAUCAGCAGCACCUUGGCCAAUGGAAAGGUGAAGAAUGCGUGAUGCUCCAUUACUACCGCCGCCAUCGCCACCUCCUCCGCUUCACCUCUCAACACAUUCAAAAUUUGAUUCUUCACUGAUGUCAUUUUGAUCAUCACCAUAUUAUAUAUAUAUAUAUAUAUAUAUAUAUAUAUAUAUAUAUAUAUAUAUAUAUAUAUAUAUAUAUAUAUAUAUAUAUAUAUAUAUACUAUAUAUAUGUAUGUAACAAAAGGAUAUUGUUGUUAGAGGUUUAUUCAAAAUAUUUUUUGUGAAAGAGUGGAAAGGAUGGACACAUGCCCUAUUUGAUAUUACCAUAGAACAAUAUCUUUUGUACUCCCUGGUCCUUAAAGUUUGUUGUUGCCUCAGCUGAGUCUUGAUGGCAAAUUUUUACCUCUGUGUGAAAGUGGAAAAUUAUUUAGACCAUUUUUGCAUUUUGUUGAUGCUUUGGAGCUUGUGUGUUAGUGAAUGUUUGCUUCUUGAGAUUCUUUUUGUUCUCACUUGUUAUGUUUUCUUUUUUUUUUUUCCUUCAAGUGCCAAAUGUUCUGCAGUUAUGCAGUUUUCCUUCUUGUAUAAUGUCCAGUUGCCAUUGUCGUUUAAUAUCUCGUAAACAUUUUUCAGUGUUAUUUGUCACAGAUGUCGAGUGAGGCAGUGAUGCACAAACCAGCCCGUGAAUUCCUCCAAAAUGUUAUCAGAGAUUCAUUGAUAUGUCCAUGGCAGUGUGUCAGCUUUUUUAAGAGUGAUGUUCAAUUUUUUGUUUUAGUAAUUCCAAGGUCUUGCUGAUAUUCUAAAACCUUUUCUUACUUCUUACUGUUAUUUCUGGGCUCUGUGGUUAUGUCUCUCACAUGCUUAUGAUGCAACCUUGUUUUUCUUGAUUUAUUUAAACACUUAAAAAAGUAAUCACUAGCCAUGCUAGUGUAUUGUUGAUACUGAAUUAUAAUUUGGAUGGAUUUUAUUUUUAUACAGCAAAUGGAAACUUAUCAGUGAUAGCUGUAAGGUUAUCUGGUAAAUCACCACAUAUUUCACAUACUGUUGAGGAAACACUUGCAAUUAGUUCUUCAUUAUAGAGAAAGAAUUGGGUUGUAGGGAAGGUUGGUGAUGAUAAUAACAGUUAAGUUUUAUUGUAGAUAGAUAAAAGAUACCUUGAGUGAUGUGUAUGUUUUUUUGUGAUCUGGUUACAACGCUUUUAAUGACUCAUAGCCAUUUCUAGUGUAUUAGAGGACAAUAACACAGUUUGUAUAGUUAUUUCUUAAAGAUUUUUACUAAAGUAAUAAAAAACCAUGACUCAUUGAGCUGCUCAAGUAUUUAUAAAUUUGAAAGAGAUUCAGAUAUUUGCUCCUUGUAAAGAAGACUGAAAAAUCAAAUCCAUAUACAUCUUCUUACUAAAUUAACUUAUAUUUUGUACAUGUCUUAUUACAGUUCCAAUAUCAUCUAGUAGUACUUAAAAGAGGUUUAUGGUUUGCCUCCAUGUUUCAUUACACCAAAUAAAUAUUGUCACCGUUUACUAUGUGUAAAGUUUGGGAUUAAGUAUUCUGUGUUGAUUGCAAUUGAAAUGUCAGUAGCUUCACUUAGCUUACCUCCUUUAUAGGAGUAAACUAAAGUAAAAUAGGUAAUUCUAAAGAUAGACAUUGUGCUGAUGAUGUCAGUUUUAUUUAAUGUUGUAGAUUUUUCUUCUUCAAUGUAAAUAGCUAUAUUAAUGUUUGAAGUUACUAGCAUUAUCAAAGUGGAAAUUUGAAGGUGUAUAUGUGUGAGUGAGUAUGUGUAUUUAUCAAGUUUUAUUUACCUUAUAAAUGUACACAGGAUACGAACUAAGCUAAUGUUGUCCCUAAUGUGUGUGCAUGUAUUUGAGUGUGUGUUGGAGAGAGAGAGAGAAUGCAUUAAAUUAGUCUCACAUUUUUACAGUAUAUCAUGAAAUUGAUCAUAUUUGGUGUGGGUAUCCAGGUUCCACAAGCUUCAAGAUCCUUGUAAAGAGUUCCUUUUUAUGAUGAAGUCUGAAAGUAAUCAUUGAAGCUGGAGUAGAACUUGCAGCCGCAUCCUCAAAUCAUAAAAGGAGAUAAACCUUGUAUUUGGUUGUUGGGGUGUACAGUAUAAGUUACAAGAGCUCUAGGCUGAAAGUUCAAAAAAUCUACUUGAAAUGUAAGUGGUUGUCCAAACUGUGCAGCAUCUUGAUAACAGACCAGCAGCAUUGUUGUUGGCAUUGAGGUGCAGAUUUAUAACCAGCUUUUUUCAAUAUUUCAUUCAUUCAUUGAAUUGGCUUUUUAUAUAGCAAGAGCAAAUAAGCUUGUUAGUUUCAUGCAUAAUUUACUCAAGCUAAUGGGCUUACUUUUAUUAGGAAAUUUCUAGUACCUACCCUCUCACUGUGUCAGAUUUCUUAACCCUAUUUUGGAAGACUUGAAAUUUUAGGAGUUUUCCUUUAAUGUUUAGGUAUGUACCAGAUACUACUUCACUACAGCAGACAUGCUUAGUGAGAUGCAUUCAAUGCCCAGUACAUAGAUUCCUAACAGUUUAGCUGUUGCUGACACUGCUGCUGCUGCUGCUGCUGCUCUCUGGAUGGGUGCCACAUUUUGAGUUUUCCCAACUAAUUGUUUGGCAGAUGUUAUUGCAGUCUGUCUCAAGUGCCUUGCCACAUUCAGAAGGAUUGUUGAUAGUAGCUUAGUACAAUAUUUAUGAUGUAUCAAAUAUUCUGGUUCUCACAGACGGUGGGUUUUGACUUGUAUUUAUUUUUUAUUCAUAUAUUUUUUGUUUAAGUUAAAAGGCUGCUGUUGUAUGAAUUUUCAAUGUCUGUGACUAACAGAAACUGGAUCUUUCAAAUUUUCUUUAACUGUGGUUCUAAUAUUUGAUAUUUUUAUGUUAAUGAAGUUUACAAAGA